GUUGAAGAUUAAUUAAGGAGUUGUUAUCAAAGUCUUUUCACUUCCAAUCAUCGUCUUCGUUGGUUUCCAUUGAACGGGUUUCUGUUUCCGGUGUGUCCGGUGGAACGCCGAUUUGAAUUCCGACGAUGACGUGCAAGUCGGUGAAGAAGGGUGGCGCCUUCGCUUGGCAUGUGUCCCUACCGCGCAUGACCUGCGCUUCUCGUUCAACAUGAUGUCAGUCUCGUCACCUUCUUCCUUUGGACUCUUCCUGGCUAGGCCGUUGUGGGCCUUUUUGUUUUUUUUUGUUUUAAUAUGGCUGGGCCUGGAUGGCCUCAAUCUUGUAAAAUCCUCCUUGGGCUUUUGCCGACGACAAAAAAAAAAAGAUAGAAGAUAAACUUUUGAGAAAAAUAUUAUGCAAUGGAAUAUGAUCAUCAAAGACUUGGUGUAAAUCCGCGUUCUAAACAUAUUUUUUUUAAAAGAAGUGGAUUGUAAAUAAAUUAAAAAAAUGGAUCCAGCUACGUUAUGGACGUUGCAUACACUACGUGACCUCCUCUUACUACAAAACUGUUGCAUGUAUUAAUAAGCAUUGCAAAGUCUUAAUUAAUCGUUCCUCCUUAACCAAACAUGUCUACAUUUCUAAGGAAGAAGCUACACCUAUGCUUCUCCUCCUCCGGUGUUGUAUCACCGUCGAUUCCUUCUUCCCCGAUCGUCGUACCCAAUCACAACCCACCAUCUAAUCAUCAUCAUCACCACACUCCCUCAAUCUUCAUCAACAACUUCAACUCUCUCUACGAUCACCUCUCUGUUUCCUCUCCUCUCCACCGUAACGAUAAAUUCACCUCCGUCGCCGCCGCAUUGACCACUCCCAAAUCCGGCGACACUGGAUCCAGUUUGUUCACCGGUGGAUUGCAUCCUUCUCCGCGUAGAGCUGACGACGAAGACGACGAAGAAGAUGAAGAUGACGAAGAUGAAAGUUACACCGUAGUGUCAAAGCUUUUAAGCGACGGAACGGCGAUUAUGAAGCAAAUUGACUCACCGGAUCCGUGCAGAGAUUUCGGAAGGUCGAUGAGAGAGAUGGUGGAAGCUAGAGAUCCGACGAGAGACGACGUCUCCGAUAGAGAAUACUUGAACGAACUGCUCUUCUGUUACCUCUCUUUGAAUCCUAAACAUACUCACAAGUUCAUCGUCUCUGCUUUCGCAGAUACACUUCUCUGGCUACUUUCUCCGUCGUCAUCGCCGGAAUAUUAUUCUUUAUCCCAAUCGAUUUAA